AUGGAGUCGUACGGCAUCCCCCAGGGCGGCUACCAGCUGCCCGUCCAGCGGCGGCUCAGCAGGCUCUACAACGACACCAAAAAGUCCUCCGACUUCGUCAAGGAACCAGUCCAAAACGCCGAGGACCCGGGUAUCAAGUCCCUCCACCGGAAACUGAAGAUCCAGAAUGACCGUCUCGUCACCUGGGGCCUGGAAUGGUCCGACCCUGGCCACCAGGACAUUAUCGAUGACUCCCUAUCAAAGGCGGGGCUCAGCGAGGUCGUCGGGAGUAUCAUGUCAACCAUCAAGGAGAUCCUGGCCGAGGCGGAACCAUUAUGGGCCAGUUCCAGAAGGCAAGCUGGCAGUCUCCCGCCCAUGGGGGACAAGAAGAUCCCCAUUGUGGCUUGGGACAAAGCUCGGUUUGAGGACUUGGUCAGAGAUCUGACCACUUCCAUCGACACUUUAUACGACCUUUCAAGGACAAGAUCAAAUGCUGCAUCAUCAGCAAGAGCAAGACCCUUCCAGGGAGCUUCCACGGAGGAGUUGCGGGCCUUUGAGUCGACCAGAAUGCAGACACCACAGCAGAUUAACCCUCAGACAUUGACCAGUCUGAGAGACAGACAGCCGAUCCCCAUGUCAGAGACGACACCAGACGUCCACUCUCGCGACAUUGUUUACAUGAGCAAACAGGCAUAUUCCGACCUGACUAGGAACAACGGCCGCCCUUACACUGCACUGCUUCUAGAACAUGCCGAAUUUGACCCCAUGUAUUCUGCCACGGGCAUCAUGCCAGACAUGUCCAGGUUCGAGAAGCUCUCUGCCGGGCUGCAGACUGAACCACAGCGCUCCCCGGGCUCCUGGACGGGGCUUCCUCAGCUGCUUGGCUACUUCGAAGACAUGGACAACUCGAGGCUUGGCCUGGUCUACCACUUCCCACCUGGCUUCAACCCCAUCUCUUACGAGCCGCUGACACACAACACUUUGAACACACUCUGCUCCCUUUCCGACCUUCUGGCACGCCCUGACUUCGAGCCUACCCUUGAAGCCAAGUUCCGCCUUGCCUACAACCUGGCCAACACGGUGUUCGACAUGCAUGCUCGAGGAAUCACUCAUGGCAAUCUGACCAUCUCAAGUAUCUCAUUCUGCAAGGCAGUCGGUGUUGAGCCUGGAAUGGGAGCUGGAGAGGUUGACAUCCGGCGGCCACUGAUCUCAUCCUUCGACUUGUUCCCUGAGGCCUUCCAGGAGGGGUCCACACCCACAACUUCUCUUUACCGUCACCCCCUCGACCCAAAGACAACAACGCAGCCAUCCCUGCUGUCAAACCCCGAUUCUAAGGCAUUCGAUGUUUACUCACUCGGAAUGCUCCUGCUCUCCAUCGGCAUGUGGACAAACCUCGAGAACCUCGUCUCCUCACCAUCAGCCACUUCCGUACCUGAGAUCGUCCUUGAGCAAUUGGCCAAGAACUGUGGAACACUGUACAUGAAGGCAGUCCAAACGUGCUGGAAGGCAGUUGAGGAGGAGCUCUCAGCCGGCACAGAGAGCAAUCAAGUCAUGACACGCGUACAGGUCAGCGCCAGCCGCUACCUCGAGGUUUGCGCCAUCCUCGACAGCGUAGGAGGGCUCGAGGAUCGCCUGACUAGCGAUUUGGGAAUACAGUCUUCGUCCAAGCAGGCAAAGGGGCAGAAGUCGGAAAAGACGGUCGCAUCGUCAUCAAAGGAUGAAAAGGCACGGGAGGCAGGCUUCGCCCAGACAGCUCCUCCGACGACUGUGUCGAGGAGCCCGCAGGGGUCAGCACCACAGGAGACCCAAACCCAGCAAGCCGCCCCACCCUCCGAACUGCGUGCGAAGCGGUCGACCAAGAGCCGCCUCUACCCCCACACACCACUUCCUCCCGAGGCCGUUGAGCACUGGAAUGCAGUGCUCAUGCCACAAAUCAACCAAGCUCUUCGACACUUCUACCGCAAGAACCCCGAGUCGGUCGAGAUCUCGCUUGAAUCGAUCGGCGAGACGGCAAAGGAAACAACACCUACCGUUCUCGUCGUCUGUACCUCCGUCUCCAAGGUCAAGGCAAUUCUGAGGCGGAAAAUGGGCGCACUGUUCGAUGGCACGACCGGCUUUGCCCUGAAGGUGUGCCGAGGGCAAGUCCUUCGGUCUCGAAAUCAAGGUACUAAGCGCAGCGCGGCCCACCCAGAGAGUACCGAGCAAGGGGAAGUAGCGGCCGCUAAUGGUAGCUUCCAGGAGCGCCCACUCAAUGGAGCCAGUAUAGGAGCUUGGAUUGGCGAUCGUCACUUACCUCCAGUCAGCUUCGGAGGACUAGUUGUGGUUGAUGAGAAGACAUAUGGCAUGACAGUACACCACAUGCUUGAUGACCCUGAUGCAUCUGCUUCUGAUGGGCCACAGCAGCCCCUUCGCAGCGGAGCAGGCUCCGAGAACCAGGUACAGGACCUGGCUGCCUGGUAUGCGCAGCAGUACCCGGAGGACGACUCCCCCAACUCGGGGAGUAGCAGCGACACUGAAGAUUUCGCGGCCGAGUUCUCCGACGACGGCUCCGACGCCUUUACCGAGUCGGCAGUCACCAGCGAAUACUCGGACGAUGAGCCCGAAGACGAGCAAUAUGGCGAGGUCGGAGACAUACCUGGCGUGGAGCCUGGCUGCGGGGAUGGAUACAUCGUGAGCCAACCAGCGCUUGACGAUGUCGAGGAGGGCUUCUUCGCCAGCUCCGACACGCAGGACGAAGAGCACCUGGACACCUUCAGCCUGGGCGAGGUGUUCGCCUCGAGCGGGAUCCGCCGUCGCAACGAUGACCGCGGCCUGGUUCACGAGAUAGACUGGGCUCUCUUUGAGUUCAAGGAUGACCGAUUGCCCCAAGACAAUGCCAUCCCCGUCGCCGACAGCGAUAUCCCACAGCCCAUACACCCGACCUCGGUAGUGCCAGCUAGCUCUCUGCCGAACCUGGAAGUGCAGUGUAUGGCGCGCACCAGUGGCCUGCAGACUGGGGUCAUACUACCGACACUGGUUUCGGUCAAGAUUUACGGUCGGACGUCGGCGAGUCACACCUACCAGAUCACCAGCAUGCCAGCGGCUGAGAGGAGCCCCGGCGACAAGCCACGACGGCCCUUGGGCCUCCCCGGCGACAGUGGGGCGUGGAUCAUCGAGCGCACCAACGGGCAGGUUUGUGGCCACGUUCUGGCCUGGUCACAGCGCAAGCGGGUAGCGUACAUCUGCCCGAUGGAUGUGCUGCUCCUGGAUAUUGCGGAGACGCUCGAGGCCACGGAGGUGAGGCUGCCCGGAGGGGAGCCCGUGGUGAAGAUGGUGGAUGACAGUGUCAGCGUCGGCGUCAGCGAGCUCGAUGAGGGAUACGGCGAGCCACAUGGUGACGACUCGGACCUCGACGCUGAGCUGCGGUCUAUGGCAGCUGAGAAGCGCCGUAGCCUGAGGAAGGGCAAGGGGUCGAUGAGGGCCAAAGCCCAUAAUAUUGCAGGAGAGGGCGUAGUGGACAGACCAUUGUCGGUGAGAAGCGUGCCCGUCAACAGGGGUAGUGCUGCCCUUGGCGAGAUCGAGCAAGACUUGUCGAGGUUGAGUCUUGGCAACAAGGAGCCCGAGGCAGGAUAUUGGAGGGCAUGA